AUGUUUUCCGAUGAUGGUUUUUUAAGUGAAAAAUUCUCCGAUCAAAGCCCGAGUCAGACGCAUAUUUUUACAUCAUUUCCAAAUUCAGCAGUAGAUCCCGAUAAUGAUGAUUUCUCAGCAGAUAAUAAACCAGCUAACAAUCUAUCAUAUGAAUAUAAUCCAUCGAAUUCUCAACCAUCGUCUCUACCAUUACCUGCAACUGCGAAUACUUCCAAAGAUGAACAAUUUCAUAUUUGGCAAUUAGAAUAUUAUCAAGCCUAUUUUCAAAUCGAUACACAGCAAGUUAUCGAACGUUUAUUAUGUUCAAUGACACCACGUCCGAAUAAAUCCUAUUUCGAUUCCACUAUUCGGCAAAAUCCCGAUUUGUACGGACCAUUUUGGGUCUGCAUCACCUUUAUAAUAACUGUUGCCGUCAGUGGCAACAUUCUCACGUAUUUUUAUGUUCCUGAUGCAGAUUUUCAAAUUGAUUUUUCCAAAAUAACUCUCUCUGCUAUUUUCAUUUGCUUUUACUGGUGGUUUAUGCCGACAUGUAUUUAUUUUUUCUUCCGAUGGCAUUUGAAACGCAUUGAAUAUACAUUCGUUGAAUUACUCUGUAUCUACGGUUACAGCUUAACAACAUUUAUUCCAAUUUCAAUCCUGUGGAUGAUUCCCAUAUCUUGGCUACAGUGGCUAUUAACUAUAAUAGGUUCAGUGACCAGCGGAAGUGUUCUAAUUGUAACAUUUUGGCCGACAACUAAUUCCGAUAAAAAACGUUUCAAUGCUCUAUCAAUGUUAUUGAUGUUUUUCCUGCAUUUAGCAAUGGCUGUUGGUAUUAUGCUAGUCUUUUUCCAUGUGUCAGAUAGAAAUAUUCCUACAAGGAAACCAACAACGUUAUUAACUACAAUGAUUUCAUCAGCGAAGAAUAAAAUUUAA